UUUUACUCAAACAAAUUAAAAUUAUUGCAGAUAAAAAUGAGAAGAAAAUGUUUGUGUAAUUUAAGAGAAGAAGAGGUCGCUAAUAUAUCAGUAACCCGGUCAGAUUUUAGAGGCCAUUUGUUUUCCGUAGAUCCUGAUAAUUAUCGAACUAUUACUUUCUGUACUCCUCUUAGAGAUACUGGAGGCUCUAUUUCAUCCCCUAUGGGAUUAACUGAGUUCUCAACGAAUAUGUACACUGUGGGCUCAAGUGGAACUAAAAAUGUUGCAGGUGUGUUGGGUAUUGCUGGACCUGGAGUUGAACCUGGAGUUGAUCUCUCAAACAAGAGCUGGUUUCAAGAUUCAGAUCUGGUUUCUCCUCAAAUUCUUCAUGAAGAGAUAAUGUUUUCCCGUGGAUUGAACACAGAAAAAAAAAUGUCAACUCCUUCCUCACAUAGAGGGCGGCGGGUUGCAUUGGACAACAUGUUUUCUGAUAAAGCUGAACUGCAUCUCCUCACACACAAUCAGAGGAAAGAUGCCGUGGUUGGACAACGUCAAUCUAGAGAUAAAUACAUCAUCUUUAAUAAAAGAUAAAAAAUUCACUAUUUUUACGCAAUUUCAUUUGGAUUUAAACCAGAAAAAGUUAAUAUUUCUCCAUGUUUUAAACACACGUUUAAUAUGUAUUGCAAGUGAAAAAAAUAAAAAGUUUUAAUUAAGAA